AUGGCGCUCGGUACGGCAAUACAAACUAUAAGUAAAUUUAAAUCUGAUUCUUGGGAAGGUCGGGCUAAACUUUUCGACUGUACUGUAUCCGUAACACUUUUAUACGCAUCAGAAGUGUGGGGUCUACGUUACUGUGAAUCACUAGAAAUCGUUCAAUCAACAAAUUUAAGAAAUGAUUUCACCAUUCGUGUUUUGCAACUUAAUCGUCCAAUAUUGGGUAUUUUUCUGGAUAUGAACUGCGAAAACUCUGAAUACAUUUUGAAUAUGGUAAGUGAAACUAAGAAGUGGGAAGGAAGUAAGACAAGUCGUCAACUGCUCUUCACUGAACAUCUUCAUUGGCUUCUUUAUGAUAACAAUGGUAAUUUAAGUUACUUUAAAGAACUAUUUGAGGAAGUGAAUCUCUUUGCCAAUGCUGACGUCACAUUUAUCGUUCCUAAUAAGGAGAGAACAAAUAUCCAGAACACAUCUUAUAUAAUUUAUGAUGUUUACAAUAAUGGUCGACCUUUGGGUGGAAAGUUGAAUAUAACACUGGAUCAUGAGAUUAUAUGCAAUAAUACGAAUUGUCAGUUGGGUCAAUAUUAUUCAAAAUUACACCUUCGAUCAAAAUAUGGUAAUAGGAAUACAUUGAAGGAUGUAACAUUGCGUAUAGCCGCUGUUGCUAAUAAAUUUCCCAUAACUGCUCCAGAAAAGGAAAUACAAAAAUUCCUAAUAUCAGAAAACAAACCAUAUGUGGACUCUAUAGCUCGAUUUGGUUACCACAGGCUGUUGAUUCUGCAAGAUGUGUUGAAAUUUAAGAUGAACCUUACUUAUCACGAUCGCUGGAGUAAAACUGAUGCUGUAGGUGGUUCAGUUGGAGAUCUUGGUACCGAACGAGUUGAAUUGACUUCAACUCCAUUUCUUCCGACAGCGGCUCGUUUCGAAAACCUUACUGCUAUUACUGAAGCAGCGGACUUUCAUAUGAUUUGCAUGUUUCGUACACCUCGUAAUGCUGGCAUACAAGGCGAUGUGUUUCUUGCACCAUUCAGUAUGACUGUUUGGUGUGUCUUCGGUAUUAUUUUGUUCAUAAGUGGUAUAUUUCUAUGGGCUAUUUUCUACUUGGAAAAUCAUCGCUUAAAAAAAUGUUUAAAUUAUGUACCUUGUUUGCUAACUGCGUGUUUGAUCUCAUUUGGUUCCGCUUGUUCGCAAGGGAGUUUCUUACUACCACGUUCAACAGGUGGAAGAAUGGCAUUUUUUUCUUUAUCGCUAAUUUCAUUUUUUAUGUACAAUUAUUACACUUCUAUAAUCGUAUCUACUUUACUGGGUUCACCGAUUAAAUCACAUAUUAAAACGAUGGGACAAUUAGCUGAUAGUAAUUUAGAAGUUGCCAUGGAACCUUUACCGUACACUGCUUCUUAUUUGUAUACCUCAAAACUGCCCGAUGUUCGGCGCUUUGUGGCACGUAAAGUUGAACCUCAAAAGAAUAAUCCAAAACUUUGGCUGUCUGUUGAAGAAGGUGUAAAAUUAAUGCGCGAUAAUCCGGGUUUCGUAUAUGUUUUUACAGCUGCUACUGGUUAUGAGCUGGUUGAAAAAUUUUUUAAGCCACAUGAAAUUUGUGACACCAAUGAAGUUCUGUUUAGACCAGAGAAAUAUUUAUAUUCACAUACACAUAAAAACUCAACCUACAAAGAAUUGAUAAGAUUAACAGAAAUUCGUUUGUUGGAGACUGGCGUUUACUUGAAGUUGCGUAGAUAUUUCAUGCGUCACAGAUUGAACUGCUUUGCAACUAAUUUUGUAAUCGACGUAGGUCUGGAAUAUACCGCGCCACUAUUUUUUCUUUUACUCACCAGUUAUUUACUAGUUUCAUUCAUUUUUAUACUGGAAAUUUAUUAUAAAAAAUACAUCGAGAACAGUUAAAAAGUGAAGA